AUGUCGAAACCACAACGGCCAAGAGGAAUACCAACCCCCAAUCCGCGGUUCCGAGUCCAUGUCUACGAAGAGCCAAAGCCCCAAGCUGUAGAACCCAUAACAUAUCAGGGCCCAACCCUCUCCAAACAAAGACGAACACCCUUCAUCUCACAUUUCCUCACAACCCUCCGCCAACGCAUCUCCGCCCUCCCAUACCCAGUCCGACGAGCAUGCCGCACUCUCCGCUGGGUAGCACCUAUGCUCCCGAUCGCACUCUUCUUCCCAGAACACGUAAUGCAAGUGAUGUGGGUUCGCGGGCCGUCAAUGACACCAUACCUGAACGAGGAGUAUGCGCAAACGCAAACAAAAAGUGACAUAGUGAUGGUCAACAUGUGGCCGUGGGGAUCUAUACUGCCGUUCAAAAAGGAGCGGAAGCUGGAACGAGGGAUGAUUGUUACUUUCCGCUCCCCUGCGAACCCGUCUCAUAUCGCUAUUAAGCGCAUCAUCGGUUUACCCGGUGACCGGAUCACGACUCGCGAGCCAUGUCUGCGGCAAACGCAGAUCGUCCCUUGGAAUCAUGUUUGGUUGGAGGGUGAUGCGGAGGAUCCGCGGAAGACGAUGGAUAGCAAUACGUACGGGCCUGUCAGUCUCAGUUUGAUUACUGGGCGGGUAUUUGCGGUGCUGGGACCACGGAUGCGAUGGCUGAAGUGGACGGACUGGGAAUCUGAUAAGGGGGAUUCUGCGUCGACGGAUGAUGCGGCUGUGGAUUUGUAUCGACAGAACGUACGGGAUCGUGUUUUGAAAAAUGCUGUUAAGCUCGACCAGCCCAUUAUGAAUUGA